AGAGAUGAAAAUUCUUCACAGGUUAUAGCUGUCAAGCUGAACUCCUCCCUGUUGAGCCUAACUGUGUUAGUCUAGUGAAUACAGGAAGGCACUUCCCUUCGGCUAAAGACUGGAUCUUUGUAUAUGAUGAUCUUAAACGACAAAGUAGCCGUGGUGACUGGUGCGUCCCAAGGGUUGGGGAGAGGAUUUGCAGAGAUCCUUUUGGAAAACGGAGCGAAGGUAGCCUUGCUGGACCUAAAUGAAACACUGGGUAGAGAGGUGCAGGCCCACUUUAAUGAGAUUUAUGGAUCGGACAGGACCCAGUUUUAUCCUUGCGAUGUCGCCUCAGACGAACUGUUUAAAGAUGCGUUCCAGAAGGUCCUCCACAAAUUUGGGCGGGUAGAUGUUUUCUGCAACAAUGCUGGGAUCCUCAAUGAAAAGGAUUGGGAGAAAACAGUGUCCAUAAACUUAAGUGGGGUGGUGAGGGGAACCUAUUUGGCUAUGGAUCACAUGAAGAAGCAGAAUGGUGGACAGGGAGGAGUCAUCAUCAAUGUUGCAUCAAUGGCAGGGUUGGGUCCUCUCCCAGGGGCUCCUAUCUACACCGCCACAAAGCAUGGUGUAGUGGGCUUCAGUCGCGCUCUAGCUGAAACUUCAAACAUUGCUGACUAUGGGGUGAGGAUCAAUGCCCUCUGUCCAGGUUUCGUGCGGACAGCUUUACUCAACUCCUUUCAGACAGAUGAGAAAGCUAUGUUGGAGUCCAUCAUGGAAAAAGCCAAAUUUCUGGAAGUGGAGGACGUGGCUAAGGCGUUCCUACUGCUGGUGAAGGAUGAGAGUCUGAAUGGAGCUGUGCUCGUAGUGGCCAGUGCUGGCACUGCUUUUAUGUCCUUCCCUACAGAGCUGCCGAGAACUCCAGUAACACUGUAGCGCCUGCCCACAGUCACGACCGAGUUUACUGCAUCACACUGCAAUGUGCAAGAAUGAAGCUACGCAUGACAAGAUUAAUGUAUUCCUGGUAACUGUCAGUUGAUUAAAGAUAAAAAUUAUCAAAAUAUGUAAGCAUGACAGUUUCAAUAAAUUCGUUAACCAUUUUUGCCAA